GCUACAUUUGCCGUUUCUCCAAAUCACAUCACGAAAUAUUAACAGAUUGUUUUUUUAUUAUUAAAUUCUGCACUAUCGUACACCCAUUACUCCGUCGUUUAUCGGUCUUAACUCAACCAAUGUCGUCACCAGAACGUACAGACGAUCAGCAGAUCGCAGAGGAAACACAUGCUUCUGCAGCAGUGAUCCCUCAGACUACAUCCAACCCCAGCGCACCAGUGCUUACGAUGGCUAGUUAGAGCCAGCCAUCGCUCGCCAUUGGAUUGGCUGCAUUGACCUCGUCCAUGACUACCGGAAAUGACGAUGGUAAGGUAAUCACGGACAUGCCUACCAAGUCUACGGAUAAUACGGAGAACACGGAGAAUACGGCAAAUACGGGAACUACAAAAACCACGGAGUCCACGAAGUCCACGGAGAUUACUGAGUCUACCGAGGAUGUCCCGUCAGCAAACGCGAGCACCACUCUCGUUGCGGGAAGUAAACGAAUUGCUGCAGAUGACAUUGCUGAUUCAGCUCGUCGUGCUUCAAAGCGUGUGAAACGGCACGAGACUUGGGGGGAUGCCUUUCGACCUAUUGUUGAUUCGGUGCCAUCUGAGGAUGCACCCAUCCCGGUUGUUCGCCGAUGGUUUCGUCAAAUCGGUUGCUUGCAUGGACUAGGUCGUGCGGAUCUUCUUGAGCUUCGCUGGAUGUGUCUCCUUGGCCACAACUUGCGCCAGGCAGGUUAUUCCGACCUGAAAGAGUACUUGAUGUCCAUUGCUCAAGAAGACGGACAUCUUCGCAUGCAUGCCUCUGUUAUUGCAGCCGACGCAUAUGAGGCUGUAUGCUUGAAGAAGGUUAUGGAAACGGAGGGCACCGAGACGAACAGAACGAAGGCUACGCAAAUUAGUCUGAGUGUUCCAGUCAACGCCUAGCUUUGAUUCGCAUCGCGACCUCGUUCGUUGUACCAUCAUUGCUCGAUUAGGAUGAUGGUUACAUCUCUUUUCUAGCACGUCCAAUUACGCAAAAUGGAAUCGAAGACAGGAGGAGGAACGCAAUCGACUAAAAAAAAAGUCUUGAAGGUAUUCUACGGCUAAAGCCUGAAUGAUAGUUGGCGACGACAGCCAGUAGAUGGGGCUGUUUGUAACGUGAUGUUGCCUUGGGCUCAAUUGGUUUCAGCAUCUCAUCAGUUCUCCCCUACCCUCUACCUGUGUACCUGUGUCCAUCUGUGUCUAUUAGGUGUAUCUGCAUGAUGGAACUGGUCAGACAGAUGGUUGUCGUGUAAUAAAGUCACACAUUAUAUGGAACUUCCGUAUCACAUCGGUAGAGGACAUUGAGCUACGAGGACUUCACACUAUAAGAUUGAAUUGUAUGUAGAACGAGGCGAAACCCGUGAUGAUGGAGGCAUGGAGGUAUGCAUUUUACCUUAAGUACUUUAGUAGUAUAUGGGUGCCCGUGACAUUUUCACACUUAGAUACCUAUGUUUUCCCGCUUCUAAUUCUUUUCGUGCCAGUAAUUUUUGUUGAUUCGAGAUUUACCUGAUAAAUCAUGUUCAAAAAUUUACGGAAUUG